AGAAUGAAACCACAGAGAUGCCUGAAGAGCCUGUUUCUGCAAUAAAACCACAGGAGAUCGAAGAUCACGGAGAGGUGCUGGCUUUGAUGAUCCAUCGUACAGAUAAGCUGAAGAGUGACUUCCGCAUCCUUCACCCUGUUGUCAGGGUGCAUGUUGUCAACGAGGAGACUGGACAGUAUAUUCAGAAACAACAUCUUGACAGGGCAGUUACUUCUUAUUUUGAGACAGCAAAUGAGGCAGUCAAGACAAUUUUGCCAAUGAUGACACAGCCUUUUGACUUCAAGGAGAGAAAAUCCACAAUUCCGGCAUGGGAAGAUUUACUCGUUUUCAAUGAAAACUUUAACUACUUUGUGCAGCCUGAUCCUAAAGUACUCUUGUUAUUUGAGCUGUUAGACUUUGUCAGCAUGAACACCGCCAGCAACCAGGAGGAAGGAGGUUGGUACAAAAUUGCCUGGGCAUUUCUGAAGGUGCUUGGCAAGAAUGGGAAAAUUAACGUAGGCAACAAAAUCAGAUUGCAGCUGUUCUUGCCACCAAAUAAAAUCCUGCAUCAGCAGCCCGGACAGCCUCAGGUUUAUACGUGGUGGAAAUCUACACAAAGAACACCGUAUCCGUCCACUCUGUACGUUACACUCAAAAGUGUCCAGUCACCUGUAGAAGUCUCAGGAGCCAUGAGAUCCAUGUUUGCUACACAACAGGAACUGGGUCACAUGUCAUACAAAGACCUAAAGUCUAUGAACUGGUCAGGCAAAGAAAAGACUCAGGUCCGGGGACGUCCAUUGUCAACAUGGACACGCCUUCAUGGUCAGCUCUGCCGUAUUCCCAACACCCUUACCCUGACACUGAAGACAGGAAAGAAAGGAUGUUAUAUAGUCAAGUUUUCUAAUGAUGGCAGAAGUCUAGCUUGUGCCUGUCACGACGGAUCAGAUCAUCCAAUUUUAGUUUACGAGAUUCCUUCUGGAGAGCUUAGAGGUCAGUUUCAAGGGCAUUUCGGUAUUGUGUACAGUCUCAGCUGGAACAAAAGUGACACAUUCCUGCUCUCUGCGUCCAAUGAUGGCACGGCUAGAGUUUGGGAUAUACAGAGAUUUGGAGAAAGUCAAUCACGUCUUCUGCCUCACCCUGGUUUUGUGUACACAGCCGAAUUUCAUCCUCGUGUAGAUAGCAUUAUUGCAUCCGGCUGCUAUGAUGAAGUGGUUCGUGUCUGGGAUAUCAGUUUGCCAGAAGAUCAUAAUGUGCUGCAGCAAGAGAUGGAAGAGCAUCAUGGACACAUCAACUCAAUAUGCUUCGACACAGAUGAUGGGCAGAAAAUGUUUUCAGCAGAUAGUGUUGGGACAAUUAUUAUCUGGAACUGCUACGUCUCAGAUGAGUCAUCCAGAAAACAUUUCUUGAGGGACUGGACAAAAUAUCUGGAGAUAAAAGACCCAGAGUUGAGGGAUACUCCGAUUAAUUUUAUUAAGAUGCAUCCUAGCGGACGGCGACUUCUGGUGCAUGGACGUAACAACGCAAUCUUUAUGUUUGAUCUUAGAGUCCAGCGAGUGAUGCAGAAGUACUUUGGAGCAGAGAAUCUCAAGGAAAAGAUCUGCAGCACAAUCACCCCCUGUGGCAGUUUUGUAUUUUCAGGCAGUGAAGAUGGCAAGCUGUUUGCAUGGAACACAGACACUGGCGACCAGGUGGCCGUCUACACACAGCUCAACUACCAGUCACCUGUAACCGAUGUACACUAUCACCCCAGGGAUCACAUGUUGGCUUUGUGCUCUCUCGGAGACAACCAUCCAGUCUAUGUCUACAGAUAUGAUCCACUCAUUGCCCAAGCUGACAGCAGCUCACCUCGUCCUAUGUCUCCACUGGAGACAACUGACAUUGAAGAAAUGGAAACAGCCAGAACAAGUACUUUGAAGGAAGGGAUCAAAACAAAAGUGAUGACGAAGGAGGAAUUUGAAACCCAUGAAAAAGUUCGAUACCAGAAGGUUUUAAAAAAAUUAGAAACUGCAACAAUGCAGAUGAGCCAGAUGCCAGGAAUGAUUCUUCCAGAAACAGCUUAUAGUCCAAGAAUGGACACACUGAGUCGUUCUAGCAUGUACUCACCCAGGAGGCUUCCCUAUGAUACAGACUACUCACUGACUCCUCGGAUGUCUGGAGUUCCACCUGGCGUGUUGUCUCCUCAUGCACCGCCUGGCAGCGGCACACAAUUAGCUGGACAGAUUUCUGCUCACAGAGGCUACAUGAGGGCAGGCGAUGGAGACUGGCGACCAGGCUUUUCAGAAG